GCGACGACGUCGCAGUGUGCGGCGCGCGCUUCGCGCAGCGGCUAACUUGCGAGCAAAGAUGGCCUCGGCGCGGCUCGCGCGGGGCUGAGAUCAGCGCGGGCGGCUCGCGACUGGGAUGUGCUCGGGAGCGCGCUUUCGUGUCGCGCCACACGAGCUGAGCGGCGUCGAGCGAAGGACACGCGAAGAACUAAGCGCGGAGGAUGACUGAUGACGAUGACGACGUCGUUGUGCUCAACGUGCCCGUCAUCCGGCAGCAGUACCACUGGGACUGUGGGCUGGCCUGUUCCAGGAUGGUCCUCAGGUACCUUCACCCUGUCACUGAGGAGCUCUUCCAGAGUGCAUGCUGGGAGCUGAAGCUGACCGAGAGCGUGUGGACCAUUGACCUGGCCUACCUCAUGUGCCAUCUGGGAGUCAGACACCGCUUCUGCACGCAGACCCUGGGUGUGGACAAGGGCUUCAGGAACCAGUCCUUCUACAAGAAACACUUUGACACUGAGGAGGACAGAGUGAACGAGCUCUUUCUCAAAGCUGCGAGCAAAGGUGUAGUGGUGAAUAAAUGCUCCGUGAGUAUUCAGGAGAUUCAGGCUCACCUGGUGCAAGGUCACGUGGCCAUCGUGCUGGUCAAUGCUGUGGUGCUCUCCUGUGAGCUCUGCUCCGUACCUGUGAAGUACUGCUGCUUCCUGCCUGCCGGGCAACAGUGCUUCUGCCGCCGGCCAGACUACCAGGGCCACUUCAUUGUGGUGUGUGGUUUCAACCGUACCACCAGUUGCAUCUUCUACAACAACCCCGCCUACUCGGACCGGGUCUGCUGCACCAGCUUCCGCAACUUCGAGGAGGCACGCAUGAGCUACGGGACAGACGAGGACAUCCUGUUUGUGUACAAGGAGAGCUGAUGUCAGGAGCUGCCUCCGUCCUCCUCCCAGCCUUCCUGAUGCCAUCGUCCCUGCAGCCGGGGCGUGCUCUGAGAGACGCUGCCGCAGGGUGAGCCGCUGGCCCUUCUGAGCUCAGGUAGCGCCCUUGUCCUCAGAGCGUGUGGAUCAUAUCGCCGCGCUUCGCUCCGCCACGGUCGCAUCUGUAAAUCUAACUUCACACCCCGUCCCUGGACAACGAAGGGUCGGUUGUCACAAGAGUUGCAUCUCCAGUGUGUGGAGAUAUUGUUAUAGUGUGAAAAUGCCAAAUGCAAUGAGUUGAUGUCCCUACUCAUCACUGAAGUUCACACUCCUGACUGGCAGAUCUGUUUCCUGCUGCUUAGGAACAGUGACUCGGUCAUACUGGAGAGUGGUUCAUUGUUCAGAGCCAAACAGUGUGUUUUUUUUUCUUUCCUAAAGGGCUGAAAAUUAUGAUUAUAUGUUGGAAUUUGCCAGAGAGCUUAAAUCUAACACAGCUGUGAGUUGUUUUUUCUAUUAUUAAUUGUGCUGGUUUAGGGUUUGGCACUGACACUAAUCAGGGGUCAAUGGGGGUCACUUAUAGGCCUGUUAUCAGACACCUUGCGAUCGCUUUUGUGUUUUGAAUUUGUAUUUGCAUAUUUGCAUAAAACUUUUGUUCUAAUAAGAUGGUAUGAUGACACAUAACAUUUGGUUUCUAUUAAAUGUAUGCUGUGUGAAUUUUGAGGGAGAAAAGGGAUGUUUUUUGGUCUCACCUCAGGUACUGUCUUUUAAGACACUUCCUCCUUAUGUGAGGGUGUUUGUUUGCAUUUUUGCAAUACAUCAGGAUCUGCAAUUUCUUUUUUCUUUUUUUUUUUUUUUUGGAGGAAAAGGUAGAGAACUUUGACAUGCUUCCAGCAGCCAGGAAAAAAAG